AGCCGCUUGUUUCCCGCCCUCAUCGCUGUAUCUUUUACAUUCUUUCGCACUUAGUAUCAAAGGCAGUUUGUAUCCAGUUACGCUUCAUACCAGUGAGCCGUCAGCAUCUAUACCGGGGUACUUACGAGAUUAUUAGUAACGUAAUUAUUUGUUUAUGUUUAUGUUCCACAAAAGCAGAAGGGAGGAAAGGAGCCCGUCACUUUGUUCCCGUCAUCAGUAACAUCAGUAAACAGCAGAAAUGGCAGAAGCCCAUCAGGCCGUGGCGUUUCAGUUCACGAUCACUCCAGAGGGGAUCGACCUGCAGCUGUCCCAUGAGGCCCUGAAACAGGUCUAUCUGUCAGGCUUCCGCUCCUGGAAGAAACGUGUCACACGGCUGAAGAACAGUGUGAUCACUGGUGUGUAUCCCGCCAGCCCGUCCUCAUGGCUGUUUGUUGUCAUUGCGAUCCUGGCCACCAUGUACACGCGCUCGGACCCUUCCAUGGGCCUCAUCGCUAAGAUCCAAGAACAUCUGCCUGUCAGUGAUUCUCUGAGCAUUCAGUGUCGGACGGUGGUUUCUGCCGUGUUGUUCAGCACUCUGCUCUGGUUCUCCCUGAUCUUCACCAUGAGGCUCUGCUUGAAGCAGUUACUGUCCUAUCACGGCUGGAUGUUUGAACAGCAUGGGAAGGUGUCCAACACCACCAAAAUCUGGGCGGCCAUGGUCCGGAUCUUCUCAGGCAGGCAGCCUCUGUUGUACAGCUACCAGGGCUCUUUGCCCAACCUGCCUGUCCCAGCAGUCAAGGACACUGUUGACAGGUUCCUGGAGUCUGCGCGUCCGUUGAUGAGCGAUUCGGAAUACGAGAGGAUCACGACUCUGGCCAAGGAGUUCGAGAGCGGUCUAGGGAACCGCCUGCAGUGGUACCUCAAACUGAAAGCCAUGUGGGCCUCCAACUAUGUCAGCGAUUGGUGGGAGGAGUAUAUCUAUCUGAGGGGGCGUAGCCCAAUCAUGGUCAAUAGCAACUACUAUGGAAUGGACUUCCUGUACGUGACACCUACACCGAUUCAAGCAGCGAGAGCAGGAAACACGCUGCAUGCUUGUCUCUUGUACCGCAGGAAACUCAACAGAGAGGAAAUCAAACCUAGUCGUGUUCCAGGUUUAAAUAUUCCUUUGUGUGCUGCUCAGUGUGAGAGGAUUUUCAACACCACACGCAUUCCUGGAGAAGAGACAGAUUGCCUGACUCACUGGCAGGACAGUGAGUAUGUCGCGGUCUUCCACCGAGGGCGUUUUUUCCGCCUGUGGCUGUAUCAUGCUGGCCGUAUGCUGUCUCCCAGAGAGAUCGAGCACCAGGUUCAGCGUAUCCUUGACGACCCGUCACCCCCUGCGCCCGGAGAGGCCAAACUGGCAGCGCUGACGGCAGGGGACAGAAUCCCUUGGGCCCAGGCGAGGAAGGAGUUCUUCAGCUCAGGCGUGAAUAAGAGAUCUCUGGACUGCAUUGAGAAAGCGGCGUUCUUCGUUGCCCUUGAUGACGAUGAGCAAGGCAUGAUGGGAGAUGAUCCUGCUGGCAAUUUGGAUCGGUAUGCCAAGUCCCUGCUGCACGGCAAGUGCUACGACAGAUGGUUUGAUAAGUCGUUCACAGUGGUGGUGUAUAAAAAUGGAAAGAACGGACUCAAUGCUGAACACUCUUGGGCGGAUGCACCUAUAAUGGCUCAUGUGUGGGAGUAUGUGAUGACUACCGAUUGUUUCCAGUUGGGUUAUAAUGAAGAAGGUCACUGUAAAGGAGACAUCGCCUCCUCCCUGCCUCAACCUACUAGACUAACCUGGGACAUACCUGUACAGUGUCAGGAGCGUGUGGAACAGUCUCUCGCUGUGGCUCAGGCUCUCGCCGACGACAUCGACUUCCAUGUGUUCCCAAUACAAGAGUUUGGCAAGGGCGCCAUCAAAAAGUGUAAAAUCAGUCCAGAUGCCUUCAUUCAGAUUGCGCUACAGUUGGCCUAUUAUAGGAAUCGAGGCACGUUCUCCCUGACCUACGAAGCGUCUAUGACCCGUUUGUUCCGCGAGGGCCGGACCGAGACGGUGCGUUCCUGCACCAGUGAGAGCUGCGCUUUUGUCCGAGCACUGGAGGGUGGAGAGAGUAAGGAGGUGUGUCGACGUCUCUUCCGCACGGCGUCUGAGAAACACCAGCAUCUGUACAGGAUGGCUAUGACGGGAGGAGGGAUAGACCGACACCUGCUCUGCCUCUACAUUGUGUCCAAAUACCUGGGAGAGGAGUCGCCAUUCCUCAAAGAGGUCCUUUCAGAAACGUGGCGUCUGUCCACCAGUCAGACUCCACUGCAGCAGGUGGAGCUGUUUGAUUUCGUUAACCACCCAGACUACACCACCUGCGGUGGAGGAUUUGGCCCGGUCGCAGAUGAUGGUUAUGGCGUGUCUUACAUCAUCAUCGGAGAAAACAUGAUCAACUUCCAUAUUUCCAGCAAACACUCCUGCCCUCAGACUGAUUCUCACAAGUUUGGCGUUUAUAUCAAGAAGGCCUUAGUGGAUCUCCUGGAGUUGAUGUCACCGGAGAAGCCCGACCUGUCCAAAGCUGAGCAGAACCACUCGAAGAGCCCUCAGAGCAAAAAAGACCUGUAGAGGAGGUAGAAGAGAUUGCCCAUGACGGUCUAAAGAAGACAUGAGGCCACGUAGAACUAGGAAAUUUAUUGUGUGAGUGUGCGCGUGUUCGUUUGAAUGCACGUUUGUUACUACCUACAAAUAUGCGUUCAUACAUUCCAUGCUUGUUGUAAUCGAUGCCAUGAAGCCAUGAAUAACAUAAUAAUGUAAAAAUGGUGGAAGCUGCUUCUUCAGAAACCAUAUUAAUACAAAAUAAAAUGUACGAAAGAGGACUAAAAGCGAAAGGUAGAGUGGUAGAGGAAAACCUUCAAUGUUUUCCAGUAGACCGACGUUUAGAUUUAAAUGAGGUCCUCACUUUUAAUUGUAAUGAAGAAUCAUGAAUUGUUAGUGUACAUUAUCUCCAGAUGAUGGGAAUCUAAUGGUUAAUGAUCUGACCAGUUAGUGUAAUGGUUGUAGGUUCAUUCCAAGUAAGGAUGACAUGUGACAGGUAACGCAUCACCUCUGUACCUUCUGAUGAAGGCACUUCAUUGCUCUUA